CUAGUCGACUCUGCUCCCUCAACACGCUCGACAUUCCACUAGCUGCGUCGUUUCCGCUGCCUGACCACAGAAUCUGAGACAAGGUCCGACACAUCAGACGGGUCUCGCUUGCGAGCACCAGCUAGCAUACAAUGACGGACGCAAUCGAACGACAGAUCUUGGAAGGCGUGCCUCUCGAAUCAGCUCUGGCGUCUGGCAGCCGGACACCUCCUCGAACGCCCUCUCCCAGCACUUCGGAUGAGCUGGGAUCCGAUCUCGACGACGAUCAGAGGCAGCGCAGACGGACAGACGUUGAUGGAGCCAUACAGAGCCGUUCGGACGUACCCAUCGACAGACCCGGCGCAAACACGGGACCCAAAGGUGUCAGAGCUGAUGCUCGAGCUGCUGAAGGCGCGGCGAGAAAGGCACGGGACGGCGCGGCUCGGGAGAGGAGCGCGCGCAUAGAAAGCGGCGCCUUGAACAGCCAGCUGACGUCGCACGAAGAGGACGCGCUGAGACGCCAAGAAGCGGCAAUUGGGGGCAAGGAGACCACUGCGACGAGCGGCGCAAGGGAAACGGAAGCGCAGGAGCUGGAGAACCUACGAGCAGCGCGUAUAGCCGAGCUUCGCCGAGCCCAAAAGGUGGCCGAUGAGAGACGAAAGAGACGCUUAGCGGGAGAAGACGAGGAUGUGGAAGCUUUGGCAGAGAAUCUGGCGGAGCUGCAGAGCGACGCAACAGGCCCCGCACUGGUCGUCCCCCAAUCGGGACUUGGCGGACUGCCACGCAAACCUGCUUCUCGACGCACAGGCUUCUUCGGACAUUUGAGAGAGGUGGAUCAGGAUGGAUAUGCGGACGCAAUCGAUCGAGAAAGUCCCACGACCAGCGUCGUGGUGCAUUUGUACGAAAAGGGAGUCCCUGCUUGCGCUAUCCUCACCGCAUCUCUAGCUUCUCUGGCACGGCUACAUCCACACACAAAGUUCUUGCAGGCAUGCGCCUCGGCUAUCGGAUUCGGCAGUGGUAGGACAGACUCGGCUCAGGAGGAGGACGAAGAUGAAGAAGAUUUUGCUGAAAGAAUCGGCAACGCCAUCGAUUUGUCGCCCACACUAUUGAUCUAUCGAGCGGGUGCGGUCGUUGCAAACUUGGUCCGCCUAGAUCUAGACAGCGAUUGGAAUGGAGGAGAAGAAAAGGCUGUGAGGGAUAUUCUGCUCAAACAUGCCGCAAUCUCCGCCUAGGGUUCGCACACGCAUGUCAAGUGAGGUGCUGCUCCAGC